AUGGAGCGGAAAGGUGAGCGGUAGAGCGGCCUCCGCCACGAGGGGCAACGGCCACCGGCCACCGGGGCGAGGCCCAGGUCUGCGCCGAAGGUUCCCCUAACCGCCGCAGUCCGGUCCCGGGGCGUGCAGCGCCCCUCCUCGGAGGUGGCGCCGCCCCUCACCCCCCGCUUCGGGGCUGCGGGUUCGCGCCCCCCAAUCCCGGCGUCCUUCCGCGCCGGUAGUCAUCGCCCCUUGUUCCCUGCCAGGUCGGCCAGCUUCUUGGGGCCGCUCCAGGGCUGGGCCCCCGGGCGAGGCAGACUCCCACCCGUCUGCCCCCCGACUCGGCCGGAGCAUCGGCCGGCGCAUCCCGACUGGGUGCUGCUCUGCGCCCGGUGGGCCGCCAGCAGCCCGACCGGCCGCACCCCCGAAGCCGCUGCGCUCGCCCCGAAGCAGCCCCGCAGGCAGGCCACGCACCCGGGCCUGGCGCCCUUGCGAGGUCUGCACCCUCACCUUGGUCGCCUCCUUUCCUCCACGUUCGCCCUUCAUCCAUACCUCUCUCCUGCAGUGCUUGCGCUCCAGGCCCGAAAGAAAAGGACCAAGGCCAAGAAGGACAAAGCCCAAAGGAAACCUGAAACACAACACCGAGGCUCUGCUCCCCAUUCUGAGAGUGACCUACCAGAGCAGGAAGAGGAGAUUCUGGGAUCUGAUGAUGAUGAACAGGAGGAUCCCAAUGACUAUUGCAAAGGAGGUUAUCAUCUUGUGAAAAUUGGAGAUCUUUUCAAUGGGAGAUAUCAUGUGAUCCGAAAGUUGGGAUGGGGACACUUUUCAACAGUGUGGUUAUCAUGGGAUAUUCAGGGGAAGAAGUUUGUGGCAAUGAAAGUAGUUAAAAGUGCUGAACAUUAUACUGAAACAGCACUAGAUGAAAUUCGCUUGCUGAAAUCAGUUCGCAAUUCAGACCCUAAUGAUCCAAGUAGAGAAAUGGUGGUUCAACUGCUUGAUGACUUUAAAAUAUCAGGAGUUAAUGGAACACAUAUCUGCAUGGUGUUUGAAGUUUUGGGACAUCAUCUGCUCAAGUGGAUCAUCAAGUCCAACUAUCAAGGGCUUCCACUGCCUUGUGUCAAAAAAAUUAUUCAGCAGGUGUUACAGGGUCUGGAUUAUUUACACACCAAGUGCCGCAUCAUCCACACUGACAUUAAGCCAGAAAACAUCUUGCUGUCAGUGAAUGAGCAGUACAUCCGGAGGCUGGCAGCAGAAGCAACAGAGUGGCAGCGGUCUGGCGCUCCUCCGCCCUCGGGAUCUGCAGUCAGUACUGCACCCCAGCCAAAACCAGCCGACAAAAUGUCAAAGAAUAAGAAGAAGAAAUUGAAGAAGAAGCAGAAGCGCCAGGCAGAAUUACUAGAGAAGCGAAUGCAGGAAAUUGAGGAAAUGGAGAAAGAGUCGGGCCCUGGGCAAAAAAGACCAAACAAGCAAGAAGAAUCAGAGAGUCCUGUUGAAAGACCCUUGAAAGAGAACCCACCUAAUAAAAUGACCCAAGAAAAACUUGAAGAGUCAAGUACCCUUGGCCAGGAUCAAACACUUACGGAGCAUGGUGUAGAGGGUGGUGCAGCAGAAAUUAACUGCAAUGGAGUAAUUGAAAUCGUUGAUUAUACUGAGAACAGUAAUAAAGAAACAUUGAGGCUUAAAGAGGAUCUCCAUAAUGCUAAUGACUGUGGUGUCCAAAAUUUGAAGCAGGAACCUUGUUUGCUAAACUCCCAAAAUGGAGAUAGCAGUGCAUCUCAAGAAACAGACUCUUGUACACCAGUAACUUCUGAGGUGUCAGAUACCAUGAUGUACCAGUCUUCAUUAAAUGCAGACCAGUCAUUCUGUGGACAGGAUAUCAGCCAACUUCAAGAAAGCAUUCGGGCACAGUUACCCUGUGAAGAUGAGCAAGAACAAGAACACAAUGGACCACUGGACAACAAAGGAAAAUCCACUGCUGGGAAUUUCCUUGUCAAUCCUCUUGAGCCAAAAAAUGCGGAAAAGCUCCAAGUAAAGAUUGCUGAUCUUGGAAAUGCCUGUUGGGUGCACAAACAUUUCACUGAAGAUAUUCAAACAAGGCAGUAUCGCUCCCUGGAGGUUCUGAUAGGAUCUGGCUAUAAUACCCCUGCUGACAUUUGGAGCACCGCAUGCAUGGCUUUUGAACUAGCCACAGGAGACUAUUUGUUCGAACCUCAUUCAGGAGAAGAGUAUACUCGAGAUGAAGAUCACAUUGCAUUGAUCAUAGAACUUCUGGGGAAGGUGCCUCGCAAGCUCAUUGUGGCAGGAAAAUAUUCCAAGGAAUUUUUCACCAAAAAAGGUGACCUGAAACACAUCACAAAACUGAAACCCUGGGGCCUUUUCGAGGUUCUAGUGGAGAAGUAUGAGUGGUCUCAGGAGGAGGCAGCUGGCUUCACGGAUUUCUUACUGCCCAUGUUGGAGUUGAUCCCAGAGAAGAGAGCCACUGCUGCAGAUUGUCUCCGACACCCUUGGCUCAACUCCUAAGCCCCUGCCAGAACGCAGCAGAGAUCACACACUGACCCUCUGCCCCUCCUCUCCUAGUAUACCCCACUCCCCUCUUCAGGGUGAAGCUCUUCUCAAGGAUUUCUAGAUUUUUUUUUUAAAUCCAACAUGUUCGUUUGGGCUUGCUUGCUUGACCCUGUGGAUAUCCCCCACAGCCACUGGGCAUCCUAGGUAAAUCUGGCCUUGAUUGGGCUCUGCCAAAGACUAAUGCUCUAAAAUGUGAAACAGCCUCUCACCCUGUACCCUUGUCUUUCCACUGCUACACCCUUUCAAUUAUAAGCAUCCUUUAAAAAAAAAAAAAAGAGCUAUGAAGAUAAAUGAGCUCUUGCUUUUAUUCACUGACUCUAAGAGUCAAUUUUCUAGUGCAUAGCUAGUGCCAGCAUAAGGAUGAGAAGGGGAAAGGGUGUUACUCCUGUGUACAGCAGAGGCAUUAAACUUGCUCUGUCCAGGCUGCAUUAUCUUCCUGGAUUGUUUCUGUUGUUCUCUAUGUUCACAUUUUUUCCCUGCGACUUUUAAGCUACUAUCUUUUAAAAUAAGCUGUUUAACACCGAAUUUGGGUAUCAUUUUAUCACUGUUCAAAGCACUGUCAUAGUCCUUUCAUCCUUUAAUAAGUCUUUAAGAUUUUUAUUUGGGGGGGGGUGGAGAACAGAACUAUUGACUGGUAAUUUCUUAGGAACCACAAAUAAUCUGCAAAUAGUCCUUUUCUAUGUGUCUGUGUUACCCUAACAGCAGUUGUUAUGAUUGACUAUUUUUGAUGUUUUUUAAUCCCUGGCUGGCACUUUACUCAUUGCACUUGAGUUUAUUGCCCCAUAACUAAGAAAUUCAGGAUGACUUAUAGAAAGAAGAUCUGCAUUUCAGAUAUUUCUCACCUUGAGUAGAAAAUGCCAUAAAGAUUCUUUUCCAAGCAGUUCCCCUAGUUUUAUUUACAGCUUGUUUUUGAGCCUUGUCCAACAUUUUGGCCUUGAAGCAGUUUCCCUCUGUGGCUUUGCCUUUCUCAUUUUCUCAGAGGCUUCAAGUCUUAAAUGAAACCCCAGGAUAAAAGAACCAAGGGGAGGAAUGGGACAGCACUUUUUUCAUUGUUUUGGGGGGGGAGGGGGGUUGUUGCCAGUUUUUAAGAUUAGCUAUUCUCUGCUGCUAUUUCCUUGUCUGAUGUAAGUUUUUAACGCCAAUUUUCAGAUGAUUGCAAUGUACUUGAGACUUUUUUUUUUUUUUUAUGAGAAAGGCUUUGUGAGUCUUAUUAUAAGGUGGGCCUGACUUGCCCUAGACAUUACAUAUUCUCAGCUAAUACUGAAAAGCAAGAGAGACAGGAUUUGGGGUACAGCUGCUUGUUCAGCACGGACCAAGCGGGCCUUGGGGUUAUAUAGCAUUCUCCAGAAGCGGCUAUAGGACUGAUUUAAUGAAGGCCAAGGAGAUGCAACUUGAGGUGCAGCUUCUAUUAGCAAAGCUACUGUUGCACCUGCUGGGUAGCUGCCUGUGUGCGGAAGAUGAGACUCCAGGUUCUGUCCUCUCUCUACCACCAGUGAUGGCAGAGGAAAAAGUGAUGCCGUUAGGGAACCCAUUUAACUCACAAACACGUUACCCUCAAUAACUGGUCAGUCAUUCAUCAAAUCCUUGAUUAGGUAGUCCUGAAGCCAGACAUGUUCCUGUAGAAAGAAUUUUAAGUGAAGCUAUCUAUGCACCUAUCAAGAAUAAAGAAUCGAUUGUAUCAACCAACGGCAGGGAAAAUCCUUCAGCAAUUCUAGUCCACUUUGGGUUUUCAACAAUAUAUAUACAUCUAAAGCAAUAGCAGACUAGAACUGAGUUCUUUACUGUAAAAUCACAAUUGUGAAUUGCAGGGAUUGUGAUACUAAGGUGAAAUAACCAAAAUACACACAUACAUACAAAUAUAAGGACCCAUUCAAAUAAUUGACUUGAAGACCAGUUUUAAUAAGUGUGCACCUGUAACUUCAUUUUGGAAAUAAUUACCCACCAAAAAAGGGCUUUUCCCCUAUCAUUUAAGGAGCCAGAUGAAUUAGAAGCUGUAGAAAGAGACAGCUAUAGAAUUUGAUCUUCCAAGUACCCCAUGUACCUUUAUUGAACUUAAUCAUAAUGCUGUCAAAUUGCCAUGAUCUCAUUAAAGGAUUUCUAUUUGCUGUCAGUUAAAAAUAAAACCCCAAAUACAUUUUUAUUC